GAGCCUGAUCUUCGUGGGACCUUCAGCAUUCUUUCCACAUGUAUCGUCACCCUUGUCCUCUGCGUUUGGACGGCUAUCCAUCUCAACGCUCCUGAACACAAAGAAGGGGCAAUAAAACUGUACAUGCGCAAGUGUGGGUGGAUGCUUUUGGGCCUACUCAUUCCUGAACUGAUUGCCUAUACCACAUUUCAACAGUACCAGCAGGCCAGAAACAUUGCAAGAGAGAUGAAUUCUUCGGAUGGUUGGGGGUAUCCGAGCUCUAAUUUUGCCAAAGACAACGAUGAUGAUGGCUUACCUCCAACCGAGGAAAAGAGCAAGCGGAGGAGCCCAAAGCGCUCGACCGGAAUUCAACGCACCCGUCUCACAAUAACCAACCGUGGGCUUGAGUGCUUGAAGAACAAUGGAUAUGGCCAUAUUAUCCCAACCCGUUCUUUGGAGCAUAUACGGGAUAAGAGCAAAGGAAACACAAUGGCCAAGAUAUUGGUAUGCAUACAAGCAUCAUGGUUCUGCAUUCAGUGCUUGACACGCUUCGCCCAGGGUCUAGCAAUCAGCCUGCUAGAGCUCAACACAUUCGGCCACGCCAUCUGCACCUUUUUUAUUUACAUCAUGUGA